CCACAAAAAUGGUGGAUAUUGACUUCAUUUAUUAUCUUUAUCAUUAAUUUAUAUAUUACUUUAUUAUCAUCUAUACCUAUUAUCCAAUAAUUUAAGAUAGUUCAGUCGUUCAGUGUAAUUUACUAAGUAAUUACUAUGUUAAAGUUAAAUCUUGGCGAUGAUUACUGCAGGCCACUGACUAUGAAAAUGUUAAAGUGCUAAAUUAGUAAAGUCUUGACUCUGAGCUCUGAUAGUUUGUUCUGUGAUAUCUUAAGUCGUAACCAUUUAUAUUUAAUAUUAUACGUUUAUAGAGUAAUUAUAGUGUAACACAGUAUUCAAUAUUUACAUUUUACUAUUUGAUUACUGAUCAUUGAUCACAGAAAUCGACGUGUAAUGAUUAUAAACUAUUAAGCAUAUAAUUGUUUUUACCAUACAUUUUAUCUACUCUACACUACCAAGACUAAUGAUUAAUACUAUUUUUGUAUUUUAUUUAUUCUUUGUUUUCAUUUAGAGAUUUUCAACUUAUUUUUGACUAUAACUAGAGUUUCAAUUUUAAUGUAGUUUUGAGUAGUUUAAAUUCUAUAUUUUAACUUCACCCUUAAAAUAUCAUUCUGUUAUAAUGUUAUAAGUAGUAGAAUUGAUUGCUGGAGUGAAAGUCAAUUGUCAUAUCGAUUAUAAUGUCUUCAGCAAGAAAUAGUCGGAACAUUUUACAGUUGAUAAGGGAUCGAGAAUUGAACGAUUAUAUCAGCGCAAAGUAUGCAUUAAAAAGUAAUUUGAAUUACAAAUGUAUUUCAAAACUUGGAUUACUCGCUCAAUUAGAAGGACAUCAAGGAUGUGUUAAUUGCUUACAGUGGAAUGAAAGUGGAAGCACCUUAGCAUCAGCAUCUGAUGACUAUCAAGUUAUACUAUGGGAUCCGUUUUUACAAAAAGUUAAAACCACUAUUAAGACUUUACACCGUGGCAACAUAUUUUCUGUCAAGUUUAUACCUAGUUGUAAUAAUGAAAUAGUUGCAACUGGUGCUGGUGACUGGAGUUCACAUACAUAUAAUGUAACAACAGGUCAACAAUUAAGCAAUUGCAUUUGUUCUCAAGGACGAAUUAAACGUCUGGCUGUAGCAAAUGAUACACCAAGUGUUUAUUGGAGUGCCUCAGAAGAUGGAUGUAUCAGUCAACAUGAUAUGAGAAUGAGUCAUGAAUGUCCUAAUGACAAAUCUAAAAUUACUUUGGUAUCCAUCUAUGGUCAUUUGGGAAAAACGAUUGAAGCUAAAUGUUUAGAUAUAAACCAACUUAAAACUGAGCAGCUUGCAGUUGGUGCCAAUGAUCAGUAUGUAAGAUUGUAUGACCGCAGGAUGAUUCGAUCACUGUCAUCAUUUUCUGUAAAAUAUCCAUUUCCGAAAAAUUCUUCGGAUUUAGUCUUGGUGUGUAAUGAUGAUAAUGCAACUGAAAAAUUAAAUAAAUUUCAAUCUGCACUUCAAUAUUUUGUACCGGGUCAUAUCCAUACAUACAAUAAUGAAAUUUUACCCAAAAAACAAAAGAAUUAUGUAAUUACUUAUUUGACUUUUAGUCCUGAUGGACAAGAGUUAUUAGCUAAUUAUGGUGGUGAAUAUGUUUAUCUAUAUAAUUUAAUGGAUCAAGCUGAUAAUGCAUUUUUCAAUGUCCCUAAAGUUAUGAAAGCUCCUCGAGAAAACGGGGAAGGUUCUUCUUUAGAUUUGAUAGAUGUUCCAGUUCCUGUUCCCCAUUCGGCACUACCAGAUAAAGUAGAGCAAUUAAAAUUAAAGGCAAAUUAUUUAUUUGAAAACGAAGAUUACACUGCUGCCAUUUUUCUUUAUAAUGAAGCGAUAGAUAUUCAUAAAUGCAGUGUACUAUUUUCAAAUAGAGCUGCAGCUUACAUUAAAAGAAAGUGGCAUGGAGACUUCUAUGCAGCCCUUAAAGAUUGUGUGACUGCAUUAAAACUGGAGCCAAAUCAUAUGAAAGCACAUUUUCGUUUGACAGUAUGCCUGUAUGAACUGGGCAAAUUAAAAGACUCUAGAAUGUAUUUAGAUCAGUUCACAAAAAAAUACCCAUCAUACAAAACUAGUGCUGCUUACAAAUGUCUUUUUAGAGAUUUAGUAAAUGGACAAUCUAUGAAUAAAGAAAGAAUUGGAAAACAAAAAUUACCUGAUGCAGCAGAUCCUCCGACAGAAUAUCUUGAUGAUAUAUUCAUUGAACAAACCAAAAAGAAGACCUUUGAAAAAUACUUUAGCAAUCGCUCAAAAGAUUAUCAUCAUAGAUAUUAUGGGCAUUGUAAUACAUCUACUGACAUCAAAGAAGCUAACUUUUUUGGAAAUCAAAAUCAAUUCAUAGUAGCUGGAUCAGAUGAUGGUUUAUUUUUUGUGUGGGAUAAAAAUACAGAGAAUAAUUUGCUCAUAUUGAAAGGUGAUAGUUCAAUCGUAAAUUGUGUACAACCUCAUCCUUCAGAGUUUAUGUUAGCAACUAGUGGUAUUGAUAAUGAAGUCAAAUUAUGGAGUCCAUUGUCAGAUGAUGUAGAUAACACAUGUAUAAUAAAAAGUUAUAGUGCAACAGCUAUAUUAAACCAAAGACGUAUGCUGGCUGAUCCAUUUGAAGUUAUAUUACGUAAUAUGAGGAGGACUGCAGAACAAGGACCUGACAGUAUUGACUUGGAUACUAUACGUGAUCAAUUUGGAAUUGAUCCAUUAUCUGAUGAUUUUAAUGAUUGUCGAAUGAGUUGAUAAAAACAUAAUUUAAGUAAUUUUUUUUAUUAAUAUUAAAUAAAGAUAAAUAUUUAAACUGUAUAAUUUUUUUUUUUUUUUUUUUUAAUGUUUCUAAUGUUUAUGACACUUUAUCAGCAAGGAUUGUUUGUUUUGCAGUGUCCAACUUUAAUUCAAUAUCAUUUACUUCUGGUAAAUUCAUA